AUGGAUCGGAAAUGGAUGUUUGCUAGUCGAGCGUCAAAAGAAUACGAAGAUGGGGUUCAAGAGUUUGUUAGGUUUGCUAUUGCUCAUGCCGAAGACACUAGUAAAAUCAUAUGCCCUUGCUUAAAAUGUUGUUAUACGUAUGUUAAUGCAAAUGUUUUGGAAGAUCACUUAAUAUGUAAUGGAAUUGAUAAAAGUUAUACAUGUUGGAUAAUGCACGGAGGAAAAAAAAACAAGUCAACAAAGAGGAGCAAUGGGAGAGAUAAAUCAAAUGAUUUUGAACAAGAUACAAAUUAUGAGUUUGAUCGAGUUGAAGAAUUUGUGAAUGUAAUUGAAGAAGAUCUUCGCGAUUGUCCUCAAAUGUUUGAGAGGCUAGUAAGUGAUGCAGAGACUCCAUUGUACGAAGGAUGUACUAAAUUUACAAGAUUGUCUAUGGUCUUAAAAUUGUAUAACUUAAAAGCACGCCAUGGAUGGUCUGAUAGGAGUUUCACAGACUUGUUGACUCUGUUAAAUGAGAUUUUGCCUAAGAAUAAUGUGCUCCCUAGUCGAACCUAUGAGGCUAAACGAUUAUUAUGUUCUAUUGGAAUGAGUUAUGAGAAGAUACAUGCUUGUACGAAUGAUUGCAUGUUAUUUCGCAACGAGUAUGCAUCAUUAGAUAUGUGUCCUAAAUGUAGUGCCCCACGAUAUAAGAAGAAAGAGACAACUUCAGCCAAAACGCUAUGGUAUUUUUCGAUAAUACCAAGAGUUAAGUGA